AUGACGCAACUCAAGUCGUUUGAGCUCCCAAUUGGGACUCAGCUUGCAUACCUCGCCGAAGGCGGCGCAAAUAUUAUUUACCGCAUUGUGUCCCAGGCAGACCACCAAAUUCUACCUGCUGAAUACAGAGGAAAGCUGCUACGACUCCGCAAGGAUACACCGGCCGGUGUUUCUUACCAGGAGAUUGCUCGAAAUUUUGACAGGGUCAUCCGUCCCCUUUUCAACCCAGAAGAGCUGGUGGACCAGGAACUGGUUUACCUACCAAAAGGCCUCUCCCAGCAAUGCAAUGAUCAGCUGCGUGCCGCUGAGCUUACUGGAAAGCGGCCGAAGCAAAGGCGGGGUGUGUAUCUGUCUGUUACAGAACCAUUUGGACUGCUGGUCACAGAUAUGACCUCCUUUGGCAAUCCUGGGACAGAUUUGGCUGAGCUAAAACCGAAAUGGCUUGUCCAGUCUCCAUCCGCUCCGGUGAGCGCUCGCAGAUGUCGCACCUGCGCUUUGCGGGAUAUGAAGAAUCACGAUGCUCGUCGAGUGGGUGCAUCGGAAGUGCGAUCAUUUUGCCCUCUGGACCUGGUAUCUGACAAGUUUGAGCAUGUUUUGCGCGCAACCAAGUUCGUUAAAGGAUAUAAAGACCAUACCCGGCUUGCGAAAGUUAUCUACCGGAAUCCUACGCUGUUAAAACUUCUAGCACACCAGAGGAGCAUGAAAGAUGUCGGGCUCUAUGGGCCCUCGCCGCUUUCGCGUGAUAAAUCAAUUGCAAUGACUCUUCGGGAUUGUACAAUGUAUAUCAAGAUGCCCAGAAGUGAGAAGGGCCGCGUCGAAAUCCGCCUCGGCGAUCUUGAUCUCAAAACCGCCGGCGGGGGCAAAGCCCAGUACUGGCUAGAACUAGAGCAUCGUUUGCUCAGCGAGGGCUGGUAUAUGGGCGCUAAAAACCAUACUCGUUCAUGCGACUGCGCUCUGCAGAGUCCACGAACGCAGCCACCUCCUUCUAUGUGA